CAACCUUAGAAGGAUGUUUACCUCCGAGGAGUGGAUGACAAGCAAGUGGGUAAAAGAAGCGGGGGCUAAAAAGGUUGUAGAAGUGAUUUUGAUGCCUUCAUUUUGGAACAAUGUUGUAUUUGCUUUAAAGGUGGCUGGUCCAUUGGUGCGUGUAUUGCGCUUAGUGGAUGGUGAGAAGAAACCUGCUAUGGGAUACAUAUAUGAGGCCAUGGAUAGGGCCAAAGAAGCGAUUGCUAACUCUUUUAAUGGGGAUGAAAAGAAGUAUGCACCCAUUUUUCAGAUUAUUGAUAAUCGAUGGGAUGUUCAGCUUCAUCGCCCCUUGCACGCAGCUGGUUGGUACUUGAACCCAGAAUAUUUCUACAAGGCUGAACAUAUAGAUCCAGAGAUCAUGAAUGGCUUAUAUGAAUGCAUUAGAAAGUUAAAUCCAGAUAUAAAGGUUCAAGACCAAAUUGAUGCUGAGCUUUCGAUGUAUAACAAUGCAGAUGGGUUCUUUGGAAACUAUAUGGCUAUUAGAAAGAGAGCUAAGAAAUCACCAGCUGAAUGGUGGGCUUCAUAUGGAAUGUCAACACCCGCGUUGCAAAAAUUUGCAAUUAAAAUUCUUAGCUUGACUUGUAGUUCAUCUGGGUGUGAACGUAAUUGGAGUGUGUUUGAAAAUCUUCAUACUAAACGGAGAAACAGGCUUGAUCAACUUCGUUUAAACGACUUGGUGUUUGUGAAAUACAAUAGAGCAUUGAGGCGUCGAUAUCAAAUGCGUGAUACCAUUGACCCUAUCAUAUUGACUGACAUUGAUGAAAGCAAUGAAUGGUUGACUGGAAAACUUGAUGAGGAGAAUGAUAAAGAUGAUGAAACUGUUUUUCCAGAUGACAUUGGGGAUGGGUUGACAUGGAGUAAUGUUGCUGCGGCUGCAGGAGUUGGAGAGCCUAGUUAUCAAUUUAGAACUAAACAAACUCGAUCACAAUUGGGAUCAACUUCGGCUUCGACUUCAAAGCGGCGAGUAACUCAAGAGAUUGAAGAGGAGGAAAGUGAGGCAGGGAUCGAAGAUGAUGAAGACUUGGAAGAGGGAGAAGAAUUGAGAGAUGAAGAAGAAGAUGAAGGGGUGAUUGAAGGGGAUGAUGAAGAUAUUGACCUUGAUGUUGAUGAUCUCCUUGAUGAUGAUUGAUUAAAAAACUUUUUUAUAUUGAUUGUGGACUUGUAAUGUUUAUGUGUUUGUUUAGAACUUUGCAUUAUAAUUGGUACUUGGUAAAGUUUAAGACUUUAAGUUUGAACUUUGAUGAUGUUUCUAGUUUAAAAUUUGCAUGAUGAAUGAAUUAACUUUGAUGUUGUUAGUUUAUAGAAUUUGAAGAUAAUGAAUCAUGAAUGAUAUGAAUGUGUUAUUAUUGAUAAUUUGAUAGUUGUUUAUGAUUUUACAAGAUUUUGAGUUUUUUUCCUAAAAGGUGCGCCUCGCUUCGCAAAGGCGCGCCUCGCGCCUCAGGCUCCAGGACCUUUUGCGCCUCGCUGCGCCUCGCGCCUUUCAGAACUAUGAGUCUAUGCCUUGGACUUGGGUGAACUCCCUUCUUUGAUCUUAUAGAGCCAUUUGCAGCUUAUUAUCCACUGCCCUUUUGGCCUAGCCACUAGUAUCCAAGUCUGGUUUUUAUUCAAAGAUUCUAUUUCAGGCUUCAUUGCUUCAAUCCAUAGCUUAGCAUCUUUUGAUGAAACGGCCUCCUCAAAAGUGGGGCUCUUCUCCUACUACUUCGGAUGCACUUGACAGUGCAUAUGACACUAAGUCUGAAUACCCAUACUUGAGGGGUGACCUUUGUUAUGGUCCCUGCAAGGUAUGAGACUUGUCCCACAUUGAAAGUUCAGGCUUCUGGUGUGGGGUUUAUAAUCUCUUGGGCACCCUCCCCUUAACAACUAGUUGUUGAGGGUGAGUUCUACCCAAGAGUUGUAGCAGUGGUAUCAGAGCCAAGUUCAUGGCUCUCAGUGCAAGCGAGCGGCGACGAAAGUGACGUCAGCAUUGCAGUGCUCGCCCAAGACUAGCAGAGACUAGUGCAUAACCUCCCGUCGUGGGCGUCAGGCUGCGGAGCGUGGUGGUAUGUUAUGGUCCACUGCAAGAUAUGGGACUUGUCUCACAUUGGAAGUUUAGGCUUCUGGUGUGGGGUUUAUAAUCUCUUGUGCACCCUCUCCUUAACAGCUAGGUUUUGAGGGUGAGUUCUACCGGAGAGUUGUAACAACCUUCUACGCCUUUGCUAUCUACCCCUAGCCACACUAUACCUAGAUGUAUCAGGCUGGUUACCUAGACUCAAGUCUGCAUCACUCCCUUCCUCACUCUCUUCAUAUUGAGCAGAUUCUUGCUCAAGAAAGUCCUCCUGAGGGUCUUCCUGAAUAUUUUCAGGGUUGCAUCUUUGGACUUCUCUGUCUAUGGGUUUAAAAGAAAUUUCUGCAGGUUUAGGAUUGUCUACUAGGGCUGGCUAGACCUUAGUACCUGAAAUUUCCAUGGUUUCUCCUUCACUAAAUGUCACAGCUCUUGUGACUAUAGUCCUAGGACUCUCUGACUCAAGGUUCCACAACUUGUAACCUUUAACUCCUGUGGGAUAUCCUAUGAAUAGGCAUUUCUUAGCCCUUGGUUCUAACUUGCCUUGCUUUACAUGAGCAUAGGCAAUGCACCUGAGAACUCUUAAGGUAAUCUAAGGAUGGCUUAUGGCCUGACCACCUUUCAUAUGGAGUCUUAAACUCAAUGGCAGCUGAUGGGGUUCUAUUAAUCACAUGAGCUGCUGUUGAAACAGCUUCCCCUCAAAGGAUUUUGGCAGUUUUGCAUGAAAUAACAUGCAUGUCACUCUUUCCAAUAGAGUUCAGGUCAUCCUUUCCGCCAAUCCAUUCUGUUUUGGGUUUCCUGGGGCUGAUAAGUGCCUAACUAUCCCACUUUCAUUACACAUUUGUGUAAAAUCCUUGUUACAAAAUUCUAACUCAUUGUUUGUCCUAAUGGUUUUUAUAGACCUCUCCAUUUGGUUUUCUACCAUUUUCUUCCAGUUUUUAAAUGCUUCGAAGGUAUGAUCUUUAGUCUUCAAGACAUACACCCACACCAUCCUAAAAUAGUCAUCAAUGAUAGAUAAAAAAUACGUAGAGCCUCCAUGAGUUGGGGUUUGAGAAGGUCCCCAAAGAUCUGAAUGGAUAUAAUCUAAUGCGGAUUUAGAAUAAUGGAUUGCCUUCUUGCUAAACUUGACUUUGGCAGCCUUUCCAUAAAUGCACGACUCACAUUUAUUGAGUCCUGCAACCUUCCCUUGGCUUAGAAUGCCUUGUUUGGCCAGCUCUUUAAGCCCUUGCUCACUGAUAUGUGAGAUCCUUGAGUGCCAAAAUCUAGCUUGCAUAUGGGCAUUGUUGCUAGCCACAGCAGCUUCCCCACUUAGAGUGGAUGCUUGCAGAAUGUAAAUACCAUUCUGAAGCACUGCAUUCAUACAAAUUAGGGAAGUCUUGGUGACCUUCAAGACUCCUCUUUCACCCUUUAAAACAGAAACCAUUUUUGUCCAGUUCUCCAAGGGAAAUUAAAUUUCCAUCACUCAUUUUUAGCCUUACAUCACUAAUCCCCAAUACCUUGCAUUCAUGAUUAUUUUCUAGCAAGACUUUUCCCCCAUUAAUUUCUUGAUAAUUCUGAAACCAAUGCCUUCUAGAGGUUAUAUGGUAAGAACAACCGGAGUCCAUAAUCCAUUCAUCACUCUCAGUUUUCCCAUAAAUUACCAGUGCAUCAGCAUUGUCAAUCCCAAAUUCACAAAUGCUAUUUACAUCAUUUGACUUCUCUUGCAGAUCUUUCCUUUUCUUUGGACAAUUCCUUUGAUAUGGCCAUCUGCAUGGCAAUAAUAACAUUUUACACUGCCCCUACUUGAUCUUGAUUUUGACCUGGACUUCCCCCUUCCUCUAGGUUCUCUCCUAAAGCUUCUUGAUCUAACAGAUAAGACAUCUCCUGGGGAGGAUUUUCCUUCCACUUUAAUCCUUAAUUCUUUUGAAUUUAGAGCCCCUAUGACAGCUUAUCUCUACCGUGCUUUAGGAUAUCUACAAAGGUCUCAUAAGCCCUAGGGAGAGAAUGAAGUAAGACUAAAGCCUUGUCUUCAUCAUCAUAUUUAACAUUUAUACUCUCAAGAUCAAGAGAGAGUUUAUUAAACUUGUCAAUGUGAUCUUGCAAAUACUGACCAUCCUUCAUUUUAAAUGAAAAGAAUUUAGUUUUAAGAUAUAACCUGCUGGACAAAGUUUUUUGUCAUGUAAAGGCUUUCCAGCUUGGUCCAGAUCUCCUCUGCAGUCUUCAUCUUUGAAACCUCCUUGAGUACCUUGUCUCCAAGACUCAAAAUCAGUGUGUUGAAUGCCUUCUUGUUCAUCUCCUUCUUCUACUCUUUGUAGGUCUUGGACAUCUUCUUGUCUCCUUCCAGUGCCUCUGCAAGACCAAGAUUGCCAAGGAGGGCCUUCAUCUUCAUCUUCAUCUUCAUCUUCCAGAGGGCAAUGUCAUUUUGCCCAUCAAAUUUCUCUAUAUCAUGUCUAGAGACAGAAGAACUGAAGGCCAUGACUUCUUACCGGGUUGAGGCUUCUUUCUUGAGAUCUUGGAUGCGUAAGAGUGACCGGCUUUGAUACUAGAUUGUUAAAACUUUUCCCCCACUUGUUGAUACACUCACAAUACUCCCUCAAGACUUAUGCCUCUCCCUCACACAGGGAUAGAAAUAUGAAUACAAGAAGAGGACACACACAAAAAAUACACACAAGACAAUCACACAUCAAGCACACUAGAAUUUAUCCUAGUUCAGAAAGUUCUAUAUGGAGAUCCUACAUCCAGACUGAGACUUGAUCUCUCUUCACUAUCUUGAAAUCAAACUUACAAGAGAUUACAUGCAUUGUAUUUCCCCAGCCCUAUUACCAAGCUGUCUACCCGGAGAUUACAAUGUUUUCCCAACUUUCCUCUCACAUACAAUCACAACACAUUCUCUCUCUCCACACAAGAUAGAUUGAAAACACGGAAAAUGAAUCGAAUGAGAGACCCCCUCCCGAACCCCCUAUUUAUAGAACAUGGGAGGGGCGGGAAUUUCAAGAGCGAAAACCUAACCCUCGGUAGCCGCCUUAUAACAUUGGCGGUUACCGUUACAAGACUUAACCAAACCUACCUACCGGUUCUUCUAGAAGCCUUAGAAAAUAUCCUCUCUUCGACUUUAAACUCCCGUGAUAAUAAGUCUAAUCCUUAGGCAAAUAAUCCAACAAAACAAGAAGAGGAAAGUUGCAAAGUUGCAGUUCCUCUUAAGAUAGCUUUUCAAACUUUCUCAUCAACUUAAGUCACCAUUUUGAAAUUUGGACACAGCAGGUGUAACAUCAGUUGCUUUAAGUUCUUGAUAGAGAUAUGUAAGAUAUGAAAAGCAUUAGAUAUGAUUCUCUUAACACUGUAUGUGCAUGUUAUGGGUACAGUAGUAAAUAAUGGGGCCUCAUAAAUGUAACAUGAUAGCUAAUUUUGAUAUAAUGGCUGCCAUUGAUGGUAUGAUGUUAUUUUCUUUUGUGCUUCAAUAAAGAGAGUAGUUGUCUUCUCGACAUACAUCACAGUAGCUAUAUUUUUGUUGUUUAUGGAAAUUGUAUUUCAUAUUAGUUGCUAUAUGGUACAUCUGUUUGAAACAUAACCACUCGUUGC